AUGUUUAUUUUGUUUCAAUUUAAUUUUCAGUUAACUGACAGUAUUCUUCUUUUAGGUUACAUGCGUCGACAGAAUUACAUGCGUGCUAACUUGUAUUCGACAUCUAAUACUGAACGAAGAGAUCAUCCUCCUCCUUCUUAUAACACUCCAUACAAAACUGUUGAAGUUCCUGGUGCGAGAAGGGAACUAGUUUCUCCACAAAUUAACGUACAACCAACAAAAGUACCAGAAAAUCUUAUGAAAAGCCAACCACAGCAAAUGAAGUCUUUGCAAGCCAAACCUUUGGUCAAACCUGCAUCCCAGCAGCAAAGGAAUACGCAGAUUAAAUUUCCUUUGCGAGAAGCUGAACAGUCUCAAGCAAAACUAUCGCAUGUAUAUGUCCAGCAGCAACCCAAAGCUGCCCAAAAAUCUUUUCGUCCUUUAAAACCACUUGUGCGUAAAGUGGAACUACUGUCAAACCCUCAACAACCUGAAAAUGCCACUCCGCAAAAACUACCUGUUAAACCUUCUCCCGAAAAGGAUCCUGGUUUGUUAACUGAUAGUUUGUCUUGCAUUUUCACUCGCCGGGUUAAUCAGCAACGUAAAUUAUCACAAAGUCGAUCUUUGAUCGAAAAUUUACCCCAGAUAAGCGUCUCUGAAGUGCCGAAAGAAAAACCAGAGGAAACGCCUCAUUAUGAAUCAAUAGAUUAUUGCCCAAAUCCUCCAAGGAUUUCUCAACCGACACCAAAUAUCAGUACUGAAGAUUGGUUUACUACUAAGCAACGAAUAUUGGGCAAUGUAAAACCAGAUAGUGCACAAUUCGUAACUGAACCUAUGAAAAUACCUGAUCCUGAUCCUCCACGUGUUCAAGUAGAUCCUGAAGGUUUCGAUAUUGAACCGCCUGUUCCUAUGAAUCACAACGUUUCACCAUAUAUCCCGUCGGAUAACUUUGAGAGAGAUGAAUAUGAAAGAUACAAAAAAGAUAAAUUGAAAAAUGAAAUUACUUAUGCACUUCUUCAAAAACACUAUGGUCAAGUCAAAGUUUCCAACAAACUGUGUCAAGAAGAUAAAUCACCAGCACCUCAUAGUGAUAAUCAACCCUCUGAAAUGUAUCAUCAAGAUGCAGAACUAAAGGAAGAAUAUCCUGUGGAAAAAGAUCAGUAUGAUAGUCAGGAAUAUCAGUAUCAAUACGAGCCUGCAGAAAAUACACAGUAUACCAACGAUUCACAGAGGUAUGGAGAACAAUCCGAUCAGUACCGUGAAGGCUAUGAUAAAUACAUGGAUCAAGCUGCGCAAGAAGAAAACUAUGAUGGUAAUAAUCCAGCUUGUCCAGAAGCUCCCAAUAUUUCUUCAGUGCCUCAACAAGAUCCCGUCGAACAUGUUCCUCCCGAGGCACCAGAAAUGUAUCAUCAAGAAACUCAAUAUUAUAAAGAUUAUGCCAAAUAUGAUGAAACAAAUACUUUUAAAGAGCCUCUUGCUAUUCUAGCAAAACCCAUUAACAAAACUAUGUGUCACAAAUGUUCAUUCCAAACCACUGAUCUUAAAAAGUUGCGUGCUCAUUUGAAAUUUGUUCAUGGAGAAGUUAUUGCCGAUAGUGACAAUCAAUCACCGAAAAACGAAUUGUUUUCUAGAAGGGAAGCAAAAACUGCCAAAGAUGAGCUAUUUUCUCGCAGAGAAAAUUUUGCUGGUAAUCAGCAGCAGGUAGUGAAAAAAAGAACUUUCAGACGUAGAAACACGGUUGCACCAAAUGUGAACGUUAUAUCCAGUGAAGUUGUAGUAGAGGCUAAAGGAGAAGAUCCGGGAGGCAAUGAAACUAUAGAAGCGGAAAAUUAA